CCCCUGGUAUAUCUCUGCUCAUGACCAACCUCCCCGCCCUCGGAAUGAAGUCCCUGAGGGCGCACUUGGAGGUCGAGGGGGCGGACAGCGAGAAGAUCCAGCAGGUAUUCGAAAAGGUCCGCGGCCACGGCUCGGCCGUCCCGAUGUACCAGACGGCGUUGCACCCAGAGGAAUUCCAGGACGAUCCCCCAGCUCUCUACUCUGUAGGGGAUCUCCCCCUCAUGCCGUCUGAAGGUUGCAAGAAGAUGAAGCAUGCCUUUGCCGUUGUCUUGAACUACCAGGGGGACAUCGACAUGGCCGCGGUGCGGGAGGCCAUGGCGGUCAACGACUACAAUGGUCUGCCAGAGCUAUUGCGCCCCAGAACAAACUGGGAAGCCCUUUACACGAUGCAGUUGGCACUGGUGCCCGCUGGCGACGGCGACGGGACAGACACCAUCAAGUACUUUCUGUUCUCGGGCCCGCAGCAGUUGGUCGACGUCGAGAACCGCCUCCUGCGUGAUAAUGAAGUGUUGUACACGCUAUCUUGGGGCAAGGGAGCGGACGUCAAGACGCCGUGGAAAGUCUUGGUCUACAUGAUGGAUCGGCUCGGUGGCGCGCACUCCCGUUACCACCUACCCCCGCAGGAGAAGGGCGAAAAGGAUAAGAAGACGUGCCUUCCCCAGGACAUCAUCGUAUCCCAGUACCAGUUCGUUAAGGACAACGCCCCGCGCGGCAACUUCGAUUGCGAACAGAUGAUGUGGAUCGACUUCCAGCUGAACGACCCGCAGAGCCCCAUCCACAGCUGGAAAGAGGGGAAGAUUAAGGAGGUUCUCUCGCACAUUAAGGACCAGGGCAUUCAGGCGAGAAAGAUCACGUACCACCCCAUCUUCAUCUUCGACACAGGGGGCGAGGGCGUCGAGCGCGCGAAGCGCAUCGUGCCUACUUUCAAGAGCCACUCCUGCCUCAUGGUCGGCGAGCCUGGCGAGGGGAAGACGCCGUGCCUGGAGACGCUGGCAUUCGCCAUGGGCGACUACUACGCAGACAAGCUGGGGGGCCGCGGCUUGGCCUCGUUCAGAGAGGGGCCAGGCCUGGAUUUCUUCAGGGCCGAAGAGGGCACGAAGCACUGCCCGUGCGUCUUUGAUGACGGCGACUUGUUCGAGCAGCGCCCGAAGACGUUGAAGGCUUUCUUGGGCGUCGGCCAGUUCCAGGCCAGGCAGAAGCGAAACCAGUACUUCUUCGACAUGCUCAAGCGCACGUUCCCCAAGGACAUGUCCAAAGCGAACGUCAUGGCCCUCUUGAAGCGGUCCUCCGCGGUCGUGAACACCCCCAAUGACGCGUUCGAGCGCUUGGCGGGUUUGGACUCGGACGUGACGAGGGCCCCGAAGGUUGGCCACUACAUUACCAAGGCAGCGGGGAAUAUUCUCUACGACUACAUCCACAACGGCGUGAUGCGGGACGCCGAGGAAUACAACUCGCUGAGGGACAAGCAGCUCCGCUUCAUGAAGGCGCUGCUGGACAAGGGUUCCGUGCCCCUGCCUCUCUCGGUCAAGGAUGAGCAGCCGCCUGACGGCGCCGAGGGCGGCAGUAGUUCGUCGGCGGCCCGCGAGCCCCUCCCGCCCUUGCCCGAGCGCAUCUGCUGGGCGAGGUCGUUCGGGAGCAUCCCGGAGGUCGAGAUCGACCUCUCGAGCUCGCCCGAAGAGGCCCGCGGCGCCGCCGCCGCGCCCAGUAGCCAGGACCUCGCCGCUGCGCUCGCCGAUGCAGACAACGGCGAUCCGCUCGGCCUGGGCGGCGGAAUGAAUGCCGAU